GUCAUCCCUCUACGGUCGAUUUGUGUUGAAGAAAGCUGCUAGCUUUUUCCCUUUCCUUUUGUUUUCCUUCGAUUUAUUUGUUCUUGCUCUUGUUAGCUAGUUGUUACGGGUUCUAUUUCUUGUUAAUUAGCUUGCUGCUGCUUUAGCCACGAAGAAAUGAAGAAGUUUUCAGUUAGCUAGCUAGGUACGCAGUAUGCUGCGCAUCUCCCCCCAUUGUAUCUUGACAUACGCAUAUAACCAAAAUUUAGCAAUCACGGUUAUGGAUAAAUUUGUCUUGUGAAGUGAAAUGUUUAGUCUGUUCUAAUAGUAUUUACAGUGAUACGGAGAAACGUGCCAAACAGGCUGUCUUUGCAGACCAGUUAGCCUGUUAAAUAUGAUAGAGGCUGCCGUCCGGAACAAUAUUUCAAUAGAAAUGGACUAAGGAGCCUCGUGACUGUGCUGUGCUCUGACCAGAGUUGGUGCAGCUGUCCUUGCAUUAUUACGAUUCCUGUACGUGGUUAGCAGAAGUAUCCUUAAUGAAACUGCCUGGCACACAUCGCCAUGCCAGAUUGGACGGCAAAUAGGGGUGGAGGGUUCCCUCUUCUCUCAAACUUUGAACCUGGAGGAGAAAUAUUGCAGUGCAUCCCUAUUGAUUUCGAUUUCUUAAUUUUCAAUCGACAGCGGCUUAUGAUCGUCUUGCACUUGUAUUUUCCUCCACUGUGCCUCCGCCAAUGACCACCUCUCACUUGCCCACCUACUCCGCCUGGAAAAUAUAGUUCUUUUCUGGUCACUUGAACUAUAACAAUUCUGCAAUUAAUUAUCUCCAAGUUGUCGCUGCAAGCCAUUGCUCCGUUAGUUGUCCGUUCUUUUAGCGGUACCAAGUUGGCGUCUUGUCAAUUAUGGCUUCGAUGGAGUAUAUUGUAAAGGUACAGACAGAGGUGGUUUUUCUUCCAGGUCUGCAUCGCAAUCAAUCACAACUUGUUUUCCGUGUCCUCCUCUCUAACACCCUCCGCUUACUUCUCUCUCUGCUCAUGCAAGCCGGUGGAAGCAUCCUACAUAGGGGAUUAAGGUCUCAUUUCAAUUCGUACAUGCUCUUAUUCCCCCUUCAGAAGGGCGCUCUCCAGCAGGAGAUAUAGGAUACAAUGGAGAGCAAUUUAGUGGAUACAACUCCAACGUCAAGGGAGUUUACACUCGACUUCUUACGACAUAUUACGAAUAAUCUUUCUGAGGACCGCAUAAUUGGCAAGGGUGGGUUUGCAGUAGUUUACAAGGGAGUAUUGGACAACGGGGAAGAGAUUGCCCUGAAGAAGCUUACUCACAUAGGGCCUGAAGACACGAAAUUUGCAGAUGAGUUCAAUAACAUUAUUAGGGCCCAUCAUCAAAAUAUCAUACAGUAUGUUGGCUACUGCUAUCAUCCAGGCAACUGGAUGAAGCUCGAUGAAAAAUAUAUCUUUGCUCAUGAGCCAAUAAGAAUUCUCUGCUUUGAAUAUUUGCAUGGUGGAGACCUUGAGAGGCACCUUUCUGAUGAGCAGCCAUGCGGACUUGAUUGGCAGACAUGUUACAAAAUAAUUAAGGGAGUGUGUUCCGGUUUAAAUUAUCUUCAUAGCGUAAAUAUUUACCAUCUAGACUUAAAGCCAGCAAAUAUACUGCUGGACAACAACAUGAUGCCGAAAAUAGGAGAUUUUGGUAUAUCAAGAAUCUUCCCUUCAGCAAAAACCAUUACCACGGCAACAGGAACAUUGAUAGGGACAAUGGGAUUCAUGCCACCGGAAUAUAUUAACGAAAACAUAAUCUCACAAAAAUAUGAUGUGUUCAGUUUGGGUGCCGUAAUCCUACAAAUAAUGGCAGGACGCCAGAGUUAUCGCGAUUGUGGACGUGAUCCUUCUGAAACAUUCAUUGAGCUUGUAUGUGAAAAAUGGCGAAAAAAGCUACAUCCAACAAUGUCACCACACUCAUGCCAACAAGUUAAUGCAUGCAUUGGAAUAGCUUUAAGAUGUCUCGAGGAUGACCGACAGAAAAGGCCCACCACAAGGGAGAUAGCCACUGAGCUUAAUAGGAUUGAUAUGGGAAACUUAUCACUGACGGAGGAGGUCGUCAAUGAACUUAAUCUGAUUGAUACUGAAUUUUGUUCACUUACAGAUAAGGCUACUAACUUACAAAGCAGGGUGGCAUUGGCCUAUAACCAUUACAAGAACUCAGGUGUAUCCGAUCUUCGCGGCGACUGGCGUGGCCGUUUCCAUCUGCGCCGUGCAGCUCAUCCGCAACAUCACCACCAACCCCGAAGUCAGGGUGACCAAGGAGAACAGGGCGGCGGGGAUCCGUAUGCUAAGUUGCUUGCCCUGGGACAAAGUGAGGUGAUAGAGGUCAACCAUAUACUAAUCCUCGGAUGGAGCAACAAGCUGGGUUCUCUUCUGAAGCAGCUAGCUAUAGCAAAUAAAAGCAUUGGUGGUGGUGUAGUUGUUGUCCUCGCAGAAAGAAACAAGGAAGAGAUGGAGAUGGACAUAGGAAAGCUAGGAUUUGACUUCAUGGGAACAUCUGUAAUAUGUAGAAGCGGCAGUCCUCUAAUCCUAGCAGAUCUAAAGAAGGUUUCUGUUUCCGAAGCACGUGUUAUUAUUGUUUUAGCACCUGAUGAAAAUGCAGACCAAAGUGAUGCACGAGCUUUGCGUCUCGUACUGAGCCUGACUGGAGUAAAAGAGGGCUUAAGGGGGCAUAUUGUUGUAGAGAUGAGUGACCUUGACAAUGAACCUUUAGUGAAAUUGGUUGGAGGUGAACUAAUUGAAACAGUUGUUUCCCAUGAUGUCAUUGGACGUUUGAUGAUACAGUGUGCACUCCAACCUGGCUUGGCACAGAUAUGGGAGGAUAUUUUGGGAUUUGAAAAUGCAGAAUUUUGUAUAAAAAGAUGGCCAAAAUUGGAUGGCAUGCGGUUUGGCGAUGUGUUAAUCUCAUUCCCUAACGCUGUGCCCUGCGGAGUGAAGCUUGCGUCAGCAUUUGGAAGUAUAUUAAUGAAUCCGGAUGAUGAUUAUGUUUUAAGAGAAGGUGAUGAGAUCCUUGUUAUAGCAGAAGAUGAUGAUACUUAUGCACCUGCUCCUCUACCAGAGCUGCAUAAGGGUUUUCUACCUAACGUUCCCACCCCUCCUAAAUAUCCAGAGAAAAUUUUGUUCUGUGGUUGGCGACGUGACAUUCACCAUAUGAUAAUGGUUCUAGAAGCAUUUCUUGCUCCGGGCUCUGAAUUGUGGAUGUUCAAUGAGGUGCCAGAGAAGGCGAGGGAGGCAAAACUGACUGACAGUGGUAUGGAUAUUCUUGGACUAACAAACAUUAAACUUGUACACAAAGAAGGGAAUGUUGUCAUCAGGCGGCACUUAGAAAGCUUGCCUCUUGAGACCUUUGAUUCUAUUUUAAUUCUUGCAGAUGAGUCGGUGGAGGACUCCAUUGUACAAUCGGAUUCACGGUCCAUAGCUACACUUCUUCUAAUUCGUGACAUUCAGUCCAGACGUCUUCCAUCAUCGAAGGAGUCAAAAUCACCUCUACAUCACAAUAGCUUCUCUCACAGCUCAUGGAUUCGGAAGAUGCAACGUGCAUCGGACAGAUCAAUAAUAAUCAGUGAGAUACUGGACUCAAGAACUAGAAACCUUGUAUCUGUCUCCAAAAUCAGUGAUUACGUCCUGUCAAAUGAACUUGUCAGUAUGGCAUUAGCAAUGGUAGCAGAAGACAAGCAAAUCAACAGAGUUCUCCAGGAACUUUUCGCUGAGGAGGGCAACGAGAUGUGCAUACGGUCUGCUGAGUUUUACCUGUACGAACAAGAGGAGUUAAGUUUCCUGGACAUAAUGGUGAGGGCUCGUGAGAGAGACGAGAUUGUGAUCGGCUACCGGCUUGCAAACACCGAUGAGGCAAUCAUUAAUCCAGAGCAUAAGUCGGAGAUUAAGAAGUGGUCUUUAGACGACAUGUUUGUUGUGAUCGCGAAAGGUGACUGACUGGUUUUACAAUGUCAUCUCACUUUUUUUGAAGCACAAGUGUAUACUAUGAUAGUAAUAAUAGUACAAUACUAAUCCAUGCUAGCUGAUAGAAAUGAUAACCGGGCAAAAGCAUAUGUGAAAGUACAGUUGGGAUCUUAUCUCACCCGAGACAUUGGCACUGUACAUGUCGAUUCAUGUCGUCUCCGUAGCAUUCAGUUCGCCUCAACGUAGAUAACUUCGGCGCCCCAGCCUGAGGUUGUUGCUGAUGAGUAAAUAAGCAGUACAGUGGAUCCAUGCAGUAGGAAUAGCCUGUGAUUCAUGUUGUAUUUUGUAAGCCCGCGGCUAAUUAUUGAAUCCAUGAUAUGCUAUAUGCCAUGAUGUGUUGAUGUUCAAAGGAAAGAAAGAUGACAUGCAGUGUAUUCU